AUGGGUGCUGCGCAUCGACUGGCUCAGUGCACCCCCCAAAAUUCGACUGCGCAUGCGACGGCCGCCUACUCUACGACUAAGUCGUCGUCCAUCCAGGAGAGCACGCUGAUCGCACGGGUCAGGGACUUUGCAGCCAAUGCUGCCGCAGAGACGUACUCCGCGGCGAUGCUGCAAGCCUUGGCGCCCUAUGGCACUUCCUCUUCGCGGAGUUCAUCGUCUACAAACGCCCCCGUGCGACCUCGCUCGUUGCCAACUUCUCACUCCGGGCUCGCGAUGGGGCGAUGCUCGUUGGUGCGGAACAUGUCGUCGUCACCUCGCAGCGUCCUCGGGGCCACGCGCGGCAUGAAAAUUGCCACUGCGCGCCCCGUGAACGAGGGAAAGCAGGUUGACAUCGAGUUUGCAGAUCAAAGUGCCUACCGCUUCCACACUGCCUGGAUCAAGGACUCUCAUCCCAGUCUCAUCGGCAGUGAUUUCUACCGCAAGUCGGCGCAAACCCUGUUCGAAAGCGACCAGUACACCGUCGACACUGCUUCGCCCACCUCGGAUGGCUCCAAGUUACAGGUUCACUUCAAGAACGGAGUUGUCGAGAAUGCGGUGACCGAGGAGUACGUGUCAACGUGGCUCCACGCUUUUGCCCCGUACGUGGGACAGCCCCUGAAUGAGCGCGCCAAGCCUCCGCUCUUUGACGCCGGGCUUCCGGGAACCGGCUCGUUGUUGGAAGAUCGGUACCGCAACCGGAAGCCCUGGGACAGCACACUGGACAUGCCCCGUUUCGAUGGCCAGCAGAUGCUGAAGGACGAAAGCAUGCAGAUCGAGUUCCUUGAGAG